AUGGCUUGGGCGGGUGAGCUGCUGCGCCUCUUGGGCGCGAGGUUCCCCGACGCAGCGCUGGAGCGCCGGUACCGCAAGUUCCGGAUAACGCGGUACUUCCUCAGGGACGACGGCCUCCAGGCGGCGGUGCGAGCCGCCCUCAUCGGCGCCGGAGCCGUGCGCUCGCUCGUGAACAGCGGCCCCACGGCGGGCACGGCGGUGAUGUUCGUCACGCUCAUCGCGCCGCUGCUCCAGCUGGCGAUGCGGUGGCUGGCCAACCGGCGGGGACGCACGGAGGCGGCCCUGGCGGCCUACCUGUGGCAUCGCAACGCGUGGGCGGCGACCUCUCGCGUCCUGUUGUACCCCCUGUUCGUGCGCACCUGGUUCAUUGACAUCUUCCAGCCGUCGGGGCCCUCCACGGCCUGGCCCGGACUCCUGUCCUACAUCUUCCACGCCUCCGGCGCCGUCAUCCCCUUCGUGACUGGCGGGCUUUACCCCGUCCUGAUGGAGCACCACCUCGUGAUCCAGCCCCUGUCGGUGCUCGUGAUCGCCCACUGGCAGCAGGGGCCCUUCUGCGAGGUGGCCCUGGCGGGCGACAGCGGCCCCGGCCACGUGCUCACCGCCUGGCGCGCCCUCGAAGCCGGCUCGCGUCAAUUCCUGGCGGCGAUGUACAUGGGGGAAGUGCCAGCGGGGCCCGAGCCCGAUCCCCUGCCCGCCUGCAGGCACGUGGUGCUGGCGCUGCACGUGUGCGUGGGGCUGGCCGCGACGACCUACAUCGCGUGGCUGGUGGAGCACACCUCGAGGAUCCACUUCCUGGCGACCGAGGGGUGGGUGGGAUGGAUGGGCUGGGAGCCCCUGGGAGGGUUGGGGAUUCUUUCGCAGCUCGCCAUGGGCGCGGGGUGCCUGGCGGUGGCCUGGCCGGUGCUGGGGACGCUGGUGCUCGAUCGGACACCUGGAGCCUGGGAGGGCGGGAAGGGAGCUGCUGAUGUUACUUGA